AUGACCGACACAAUGAAGGUCCUGAUUCGCAGUACUGAUAUGACCGUCGAGAUGCAAGAGUCUGCCGCCAAAGUAGCUAUUUCAGCUAUCUCAAAGUUCGAAGUUGAAAAAGACAUGGCUGCCUUCGUGAAGAAGGAAUUCGACAGCCUCCAUGGCGAGACCUGGCACUGCAUCGUGGGAAAGGACUACGGCAGUUAUGUGACGCACGUGGAAGGUGGUUUUAUCUACUUCUACGUGGACAAGCUGGGAUUCCAGUUGUAUAAAACUGCUUAA